AUGGAGAGUCGAUCGCGGAGCUGGGCCCUCGGCCUGAGCUUCAUUGGGUUCUUUGCCCUCCUUUUCUCUCUGGGCUUCGUCCAGCAAGUCAAGGCGGAUGAUGUCUCUGAGUAUGGCACCGUCAUUGGUAUUGAUCUGGGCACCACCUACUCGUGUGUGGGUGUGAUGCAAAAGGGCAAGGUCGAGAUUCUCGUCAACGAUCAAGGAAACCGUAUCACCCCCUCUUAUGUCGCCUUCACCGAGGAUGAGAGACUCGUCGGAGACGCCGCCAAGAACCAGGCCGCAUCGAACCCGUUCAAGACCAUCUACGACAUCAAGCGUCUGAUCGGCCGCAAGUUCUCGGAGAAGGACGUCCAGAGCGAUAUCAAGCACUUCCCCUACAAGGUUGUCGCCAAGGAUGAGAAGCCGGUUGUCAAGGUUGAGAUUGACGGCACUGAUAAGACCUUCACCCCCGAGGAGAUCUCCGCCAUGGUUCUCGGCAAGAUGAAGGAGACCGCCGAGGCCUACCUUGGCAAGAAGGUCACCCACGCCGUCGUUACCGUCCCCGCCUACUUCAACGACAACCAGCGCCAGGCCACCAAGGAUGCCGGCAUGAUCGCUGGUCUCAACGUUCUCCGUAUCGUCAACGAGCCCACCGCCGCCGCUAUCGCCUACGGCCUUGACAAGACCCAGGGUGAGCGCCAGAUCAUCGUCUACGACCUUGGUGGUGGUACUUUUGAUGUCUCCCUCCUGUCUAUCGACCAGGGUGUGUUCGAGGUCCUGGCCACCGCCGGUGAUACCCACCUUGGUGGUGAGGAUUUCGACCAGCGCCUCAUCAGCCACUUCGCCAAGACCUUCAACAAGAAGCACAGCGUCGAUGUGAGCACCGACGCCAAGGCCAUGGGCAAGCUCAAGCGUGAGGCCGAGAAGGCGAAGCGCACCCUGUCGAGCCAGAUGUCCACUCGCAUUGAGAUCGAGGCCUUCUUCCAGGGCAAGGACUUCAGCGAGACCCUGACUCGCGCCAAGUUCGAGGAGAUCAACGGUGACCUUUUCCGCAAGACCCUGAAGCCUGUCGAGCAGGUUCUCAAGGAUGCCAAGGUCAGCAAGAGCGAGGUUGACGACAUCGUCCUCGUUGGUGGCUCCACCCGUAUUCCCAAGGUCCAGGCCCUCAUUGAGGAGUUCUUCGGCAAGGCGGCGAGCAAGGGUAUCAACCCGGAUGAGGCUGUCGCUUUCGGUGCCGCCGUCCAGGCUGGUGUGCUGAGCGGUGAGGAGGGCACUGAGGACAUCGUCCUCAUGGAUGUCAACCCGCUUACCCUCGGUAUCGAGACGACUGGCGGUGUCAUGACCAAGCUCAUCCCCCGUAACACCCCCAUCCCCACCCGUAAGAGCCAGAUCUUCUCGACCGCCGCCGACAACCAGCCCGUGGUCCUGAUCCAGGUCUACGAGGGUGAGCGCUCCAUGACCAAGGACAACAACAUCCUCGGCAAGUUCGAGCUUACCGGCAUCCCCCCCGCUCCCCGCGGCGUUCCCCAGAUCGAGGUCUCUUUCGAGCUCGACGCCAACGGAAUCCUCAAGGUCUCUGCCCACGACAAGGGCACCGGCAAGGGCGAGUCCAUCACCAUCACCAACGACAAGGGCCGUCUCACCCAGGAGGAGAUCGACCGUAUGGUUGCCGAGGCUGAGAAGUACGCCGAGGAGGACAAGGCUACCCGUGAGCGCAUUGAGGCUCGCAACGGCCUUGAGAACUACGCCUUCAGCCUGAAGAACCAGGUCAACGAUGAGGAGGGCAUGGGCAGUAAGAUCUCUGAGGACGACAAGGAGACCAUCCUUGACGCCGUCAAAGAGGCCCAGGACUGGCUUGAGGAGAACGCCGCUACUGCCUCCGCCGAGGACUUUGAGGAGCAGAAGGAGAAGCUCAGCAACGUGGCGUACCCGAUCACGAGCAAGCUCUACUCGGGCGGUGAAACCGGUGGCGAAGAUGAGCCUGACUCGCACGACGAGCUUUAA